AUGACUACCCCUCUUAUCCUGUUACCUGGUGACGAAGUGCCAAAUGAUCAUCUGCCAACCAUCAAAUCUCAUGCCAAGGCUACGCCUCUAAAAAUUGGCCAGGGUCUCCGCCUGGUGUCACAACCUUCCACAAAUAGUACACCACAGAACCGUGUUCUCAAGGCAACACAGGCCGCCGCCGCUAUACCCCCCACCGUGAACGACCUGGUCCUCGCGCAAGUCCACCACUCCAGCGCUGACUACUUCCACUGUGUUCUUACGCCGCAUACCCCACAUGCAUUUCUACCUCAAUUGUCAUUCGAAGGAGCAAGCAAGAAGACAAGGCCGAAUUUGAAACAAGGCGAUCUGGUCUACGCACGAGUUCUCUCCACAGGUGUCGGCGCGAGCGCGGAGGUUGAACUUACAUGUGUUAACCCGGCGACUGGUAAAGCGGAACCAGGAGGUUUAGGCCCUGUUAGUGGUGGAACGGUCUUCGAUGUUUCGACAGGUAUGGCGGCCAGGCUACUUUUGGCUACCUCCUCGCGCGCCGUUGAUAAUGAUGAUGGAAUUGCUGGACUUGUCAUUAUCUCCGAGCUGGGAAAAAAGCUAGCGAAUGUUGGAGGGUUUGAGCUGGCAGUUGGGCGCAAUGGGCGGGUUUGGGUUAAUUGUCCAGAUGCUGAGGAACACGCCGUCCCAGCUAUUUUGGCCAUUGGGCGGUGCAUGCAAUUGACCGAUGAGCACAAUUUGGACCUAGCAGAUCAGAAGAAGUUAGUCACUAGAACUUUACGUGAACUGAAGCUGGCGUCGUGA